CUUCACGCGCUCUCUCUCUAACGGCAACAGCAACACUCUUCCCUUCUCAUUCUUCGCCUCCCUCCUCUGUUUCCCUCACCACCUCCUUCUCCUUCUUCCAAAACCCUAAUUUCAUUACGGGAAACUCUCUCUUCCAUUCCAUGCAGUGUCCUCUUAGGAAGGGGAGAAGAAAGAAAAGAGAAAAGGAAGAUAAUGAAACAGUAUAAUUCAUUACUUUACUUUCUUAAUCAUGGCUUAUGGUUAUUACUAUUACUAUGCCAUAUUCAAAUCCUUCACAACAAGAGAUUCUGCUCUGGCAGCAGCAUGAGUAGGAACAAAGCAAUGGUGGAAAGUUUGCAGCGUUAUGGAGUGAUAAGAUCAAAUAAGGUAGCUGAAGUAAUGGAGAGCAUUGAUAGAGCAUUGUUUGUUCCCAACGGGGCUGGAGCUUAUAUCGACAGCCCCAUGUCGAUAGGGUACAACGCAACUAUAUCUGCGCCGCAUAUGCAUGCGAUGUGCCUUCAGUUACUGGAGAAGAAUUUGCAGCCUGGAAUGCACGCUCUCGACGUUGGCUCCGGAACAGGGUAUUUGACAGCGUGCUUCGGCAUGAUGGUUAGACCGGAAGGCUGUGCUGUUGGUGUGGAGCAUAUUCCUGAAUUGGUUUCUUCUUCAAUAGAGAAUAUUCAGAAAAGUGCUGCCGCUCAAUUAUUGAAAGAUGGCUCCCUUUCAGUUCAUGCUGCUGAUGGAAGAAAAGGUUGGCCGGAGUUUGCCCCUUAUGACGCCAUUCAUGUUGGGGCAGCAGCACCUGAAAUUCCGCAAGCACUUAUUGAUCAGUUAAAGCCUGGAGGAAGAAUGGUGAUCCCAGUUGGAAACAUGUUUCAAGAUUUGAAGGUGGUGGACAAGAAAUCUGAUGGCUCUAUUAGUGUCCACACCGAGACCUCCGUUCGUUAUGUACCGCUCACCAGUCGAGAAGCUCAACUUCGUGGCUACUGAAAUGGAGGAGGGAUCUUGAAUUUUGGUUCACAUGUCUCUCUCUGGUUUUGAAAUAUGGCGGAUACACAAAUGUUGAGUCUGUAUAGUUAAGUUUCUUGGAAUUUUGAAAGGCUAAUGCUACAGAUAUCCGUGGUUAGAACUUGGAUUCCCUCACAUGGUGUUAGAAUUUGUAUAGUUAGUGUUGAUGCUACUCAACUCCUUGUAUCAUAUAAAUAAAGUUCAUCUUCAUA